AUGGGUCUUAUUCUUCCUCUCCGAAUUGUCCAGGGCGUUCUGGCAUUGGUGAUUCUGGGUCUCUCGGCCUUUGUCGCAAACUGGUACAACAUGGACACGAUGACAUCGUCCCCGUCCCAGAUCAAUUUCCUGGUGUUUGUCCCGCUCUGGUCCUUCAUCUCGAUCGCCUACCUCGAGCUGGUCCCCAGAUUUGCUCCCAGAGCUUCCCACCCCUGGGCUGCUGUCGGCUUUGAGGCGCUCAACGUGCUCUUCUACUUCGCCGGCUUCAUCGCCCUCGCCGUCUUCCUCAGCAAGCUCCUCUUCUGCCGCGGCUCCGUAUGCGCCGCCGCCCGCGCCGACACGGUCCUCGCGGCGCUCCAGUUUGCCCUCUGGACCGGGACCGCACUGCUCAUGGCCAAGGACGUCUUCAAGACGGGGUUCCGCAAGCCAACCGCCGCUGGCCCCCCUCCUCAAAUGAAGGAGUCCGCGUAA